GUGCAGAAUGCUUUUUAGUAACAGAUAGAUACUAUAAUUGGGACUGAAAUAUUUUUAACAUUUGUUACGUUUGCAUUUUGUUGCAGAUCGGAACUGGGCGUUUUGCACCGUUUUUCUUUUCUAUUUUUAUCUUCCGUUCAGCUCUACAAACAAACCGACGUCAGUCUGUUGUAUGAAAAGGACGGGCAGGGCGUGUGGGGGUAGACAGGUAAAGGUGAGGUAUCCGUCGCACCCGCUCAGGGAAGCAUACCGACGAUUUGUUGACUCCUUUGUUCCUCCGUUUUGAACCGAUUGUGUAGCCAAGAAAAUGGUGAAGACGGAGCAGGAGUUGGCCAACCGGCCUGACAACACCGCCUUCACUCAGCAGAGGCUUCCGGCAUGGCAGCCCAUGCUCUCCGCUGGCAUCGUCAUCCCAGGCUUCGUCCUCAUCGGCCUGGCCUUCAUCGGCAUCGGCGUCGCCCUCUUUGUCACUUCUCGCAGCAUCCAGGUGUUGGAGUUAGACUACACCGGGGUUGCACAGAACUCACCAUGCUUCAAGUGCUCUGACCCAGAUGUCAAGAACUGCGUGUGCACGCUGGACUUCUCCAUUGACAGUCUGUUUAAGGGGCCCGUCUUCUUUUAUUAUGGUUUGUCCAACUACUUCCAGAACUACAGAAAGUAUGGUGCGUCCAAAGAUGAUGUCCAGCUGUCUGGAGACCUAGAGAACUUCAAGAGUCCCAGUGACACCUGUGAUCCCUACCAGUAUGACAGCAAUGACAAACCAAUUGUACCAUGUGGAUCAAUAGCAAACAGCAUGUUCAAUGACACCUUCAAGCUGUAUCAGCUCGUCAAUGGGGCAAAGAAGCUGGUGCCCUUCGAUGGAAAAGGGAUUGCUUGGUGGACAGACUACAACAUCAAAUACAGAAACCCCUCUGUUUUUCCUCUGAAGAACGCUUUCAAUGGUACCGUGAAGCCCAUAUUUUGGUCCAAGCCUGCUUACGAGCUGGACCCCACAGACCCUGCGAACAACGGCUUCAUCAAUCAAGAUUUCUUGGUGUGGAUGAGGAGGGCAGCCCUGCCAGAUUUCAGAAAGCUGUAUCGACGAAUCACAGAGGGGGAUUAUGCACAAGGUCUGCCAGCUGGAAACUACUCCCUUGAAAUUGCCUACAACUAUCCUGUUCUGAGCUUUGACGGGAGAAAGAAGGUGGUGCUCAGCAACGUGUCCUGGAUGGGCGGCAAGAAUGAGUUCUUGGGCAUUGCCUACCUCGUGAUUGGUUCAUUGUGUAUCUUCAUGUCUAUAGUCAUGCUCAUUGUCUAUGCGAAAUUCAAAUUCCCUGAUGAAGAAUGAGGUCCUGGUCAUGGACUGUGGUCGGCUGGGGAUUUAUCUAACCUAUGAAUUUUUUAAUUACUUUUUUUUUUUUUGCCUUUUUCUAAAUGGGAUGAUGAAAGCACAGAACAGGGCUCACACAAAGGGGAGUAUACAGCUGGACUCCACCCUAUCAACUGAAAUCACAUGUGUAACAUGAAAAUACCCCCAAGGUGUGAAGCCUGGUAACAUUUUGUGAGGCAGGACUCCCUGCAAUGUCAGUUUCCAUUCAUGGCGAGUGGAACAGCUGUUGUGGGUGUCUCUUUGAUAGUAUCUCAUAUUUGAGCGACCAUAAGGGAAGUGUGCUCACAAGCCAAGCCCAAAAUCAUGACAAUAAUCUAUGUUAAGUCUCAUGUAAAUAUUCUGUUGUUUCUUUUUGGUACCAUGGUCAAGCCUCCAAUGUGAACCUUAAGGGAUGAAUGUGAAAGUAUAAUGGACGUGCACAGAUGGGUAUCAGUUGGACAAAAGGAAACAUGCAGCUUAUUUGUCUUCUUGUUUAUUCCGGUUAUGCUCGUCUAGUUUAUUUUACAAUACUUGGAUGUUGCAGGGUGUUUCUCUCAGGUUUUUAAUACUGUAUUUGUUGCAUCUGUGCUUUCCUAAUCACAAAAUGAGCUGCCUCCUCAUUUCAGGUCAGUAAUAAUGUUAAAGCCAUAAGUGAUUUGAUAAGCCAUUUGACGCUGGACAAAAAGUUAGUCUUGAUGUCCAUCUUAGCUUGUAAAUAAUGUUGGAAUAUGUGGAAAUACAUUGCUCCUCAAACUCUGGGAUCUGAUGUACAGAUUAUGCAAGAUCAUGUUGUCUUCUAUGCUAUGUAGAUGACGAUUUGAGAUUUUACUUCAUGUUGAUAUUUAUUGAAUAAAACAGCAGCAAA